UACCAGCAAAACUUAUCAUCAUCAUCAUCGUCGUCAAGUAACUUUACAAGCACUAAACAUGACUAGACAAACUUCCCCUUAGAAACUCAAACAAUCAAACACAAACACAUAUUAUCCUGCAGUUCUUAUUCAGAUAGUUGAUUAGAAACUUGUUUUCUUUCUUUUUUGGUAGAAAAGAAACUUACUUUCUAACAUCGAUAGAUGCAUUUCCCGAAACUUCUCGUAGAGGGGAGCAAAAAACUUACUUGGAAGACAAACAUGUGUCUUUUUGAAGCAUUAUUAUUAGGAAGCCAUUUUAGAGGUUGUGAUUGAAUAGGCAUAUACGGAAGUACAUAAAAGCAUGUAUGAAUCGAAUGAGGAGAUUCUAGUUUUCUUCUUAAACUAGAUGUUAAAUGAAUAAAAAAUAAAAAAACUUUGUUGGUUGUUGUAGUUUGUCAAACCACAAUAACUCAGACAAAAUACCACCCUCAUUCACUCUCAAAAUUAUAUAACAAUUGUAUAAAUUUUUCAAUGAAUUCGACCAAAUGGCACAAGUGAAUUUAUUUUCAAUUGGUUUUGUUCACUCCUAAUCCAACCAAUGAAAAGGGAUAAGAAAGCAGUGGAGGCAAUUUUUUUGGAGUUAGGAAAAUUGGCUUUUUAUUUGGUAGUGGCGGUAGAGAGAAACAAAGGAGUUUUUUUUGUUUAUUGCUUCUUUGUAUUUUCCUUCUUUGUUACAUGACACUCGUUCAGGAUUAGCAUAUACAUAACAUAGCUGCAACAAGCAGCUUGAAUUCUCCAAAGACGACUUGAUUUUUUCUCAUCAUUUAAAAGGACAGUUGGAACUUGGAACCGACACAUUCUUGUGGUUCCAAUCCAAUUCUAUACAUAUAUGAAUUCUACUUACUUAUCUUCGUUAAAAUCCUUUGCCAUUCAUUUAUAUGCUCUUUUAAUUAUUUGCUGAUUUUUAGAGAAUUGAGCUUCAUUUUCAACUCCCUCAUCUGUCCCUUGUUCCUAUCUCUUCAAUCCCAACUCCAUUUCCCUGCCGGCAGCCAUGGGAGGAGAACAGAAGCUGACGACAAUGGUGAUCAAGGUCGAUCUGGACUGCUACAAGUGCCGCAACAAGAUCAAGAAAGUCCUCUGCAGGAUCCCUCAGAUUGGGAAUCAAGUGUACGACGAAAAAGCCAACUUGGUGAUAAUCACGGUGCUGUGCUGCAGCCCGGAGAAAGUGAUGGAGAAGAUCGCUUGCAAAGGCGGCGAGUCGGUGAAGGGAAUCGAGAUCGUCAAACCCCCGCCGCCGAAGCCGGAGGAAGAGCCGAAGAAGCCUGACGAGCCGCCGAGGCCGAAGGAGAUCUCAGCGGAUAUGGGAAAACCAAAAGAGCAGCCGAAGGAUCGAGAAACCGCCAAGGCGGUGAUGUCGUCACCAGCUCUUCCGAUGUGCUACUGCCACCGGGAGUUCUACGAAGGGCGCGGCGUCGCGCCGCCGCCGUGCUACAGCGUGCAGGGGCAUCCGUGCUACGAAGGGUACGGACGGCCGGUGUACGACAGUUGGGGCGGCGGGUACAGGGGAGGGUAUUACGUCAGCAGAGGGGAGUGCUUUAGCGACGACAAUCCAUCGGAUUGCAUCCUCAUGUAAAGUCUAAACGAGAGACAAUAUCUUUUCGAUUUUCCCCUUCUUCUAGUCUUACUUUUGGAAUUUUAAGAAAUAUUCGAAUAUUAAAAUUAUGUAAGUGUGUUUUAAUUUUCAUGGAAUGUAAAUAUAUACUCUUGUUUUUAUAUAAUUUUACGUGUUAUUAGAUGAGAUUUGAUAUAACCUAUAAAUAUAUGAACAUUAUUAUGACUUUUUCAUAUAUAUAGGAUCUAAGUUUGGUAAAAAAUCAUUAAUCAUCAACCCACUUACUCAACCGGAUCAAUAGACUAAAUCGAGUUGACAACAUGACGACAAAGAUUGGAUUAGACAAGAAAAAAAAAAAAAAACAAUGACCCAAUUAAGAAGGAAAAGUCAUCCACGUAGCAGUCUUGUGGGUGGCCCAAUAAUUUAUUGUUGUUGGGCUCUAACUCUAAUUUGAGGAAUAUAGUUUUAGUUUCCAUUUUGGGGGAUUUAUAAUGAUGAAUACAGUCCCAUAUAAAUAUUCCAAACUAUCUCAAACAGAUUCCAAUUUGCUUCGGUUGUCAAAUUUAUAAAAAAAAAUAUAACAAAUGUAUUAUAGAUUCCCUUAAUUUGAUCAUUGAGAUUUACAAAGAUGUGAAAAGGAAAUAUCUGGUAAUACAUGAACAUGAGGUGGCUUCCACCUCAUCUUAGCUAGACCUUACAUCAAAUAAGCUUAAAACUUAAAAGUAAACAAUUAAAGACUAAUAACCCAAGACGGGUUGGUUGCUUAUCUUAAAAAUAGUCUAUUGAGACUUCAUGAGAGUCCAAGGUCUUUUUUUAAAAAAUAAAGUCUAUUCAUUAAAGAAGUUCUAUAUAAUGCAGUGUACUAUAUAAAAUAAAAGGUUUUUUUCUUAUAAAUAAAGUCUAUUCAUUACCGUAACAGACAAGAGAUUGCAACAUUUUUAUAUCUUUCUACGUCAAUACAACUUGUUUGGUUGGAAAAUGAUGGAUGGGUAACGAAUUGAUAUCAUCGUUAUCUACGCCUGAUAUAAUAGUGAAAUGGGAAAAGUAAUUCCUUCAUUUUAACAUAUCUACAUCUAGAACGAAGUAGGAAGUGUACAUUUGUCUUCACAGUCAUUUAUUAUUUUAUUAUGUAUAGAAAAAAAAACCCCUUAACUAAUAAUGAGAUUUGAAACGUGAUCUCUUCGAACAAAGACAAAAAAACAUAACCAGUUACACUAAAUAAAAUUUGAUUAAUUUUCUUAAAUUAAAAUCAUACAGAAAGCUAAAAUAAAAUAAAAAAUCGUAGGACUAACUCUCUUGUACAUAUUUUUUCUUUUUUGGUAUUUGAUUAUUCUAUUUCGAGUUUGAUAAAUCAUUUACUUUAUGUUUAUCUUAUAAAAGGAAAAUAAUUUUAAAAUUGCAACCCAAAUGUCGUUGGUUCAAAUAUUGCAUAUCGAAUUGCGGUAUUGAAUGUGCAGGAGCGAUGUACAAUUCUUAACAUAGACUAAAUUUUUACAACUACCAUAAAGAAAUAAUAUUUUUUGAACAAAGAAGUUUUGAGUGAAUAUGAGCACAUGUGUCUUUGAGAGAGGAAAAAAUGGGAAGGUUGAGUGAUGUUGGUGUGCUGAAUGCAUAUGGAAAAUGCGGUACUAAUGUAAACGAGCCCAAAUAGUGUCCCGUCCCACUAAACGCUCAAUAAUCGUGGUCUCUCCAAACCUUACCAUCAGAAUCAAAACACGGAUAACCUCCUCCUCACCAUCCCUAAAUUCCUCAUGCCGAAGAAAUCUGUACAACUCAUCCUCAAUCCAGAGGUAUCAGUGCUUCGAUAGGCUCCCCACCAGGCUAACUUGCGUCGGCGGACAUGCACCAAUCGCACAAGUUGUUAAUAUUUAUCUCGCGUUACGUGCAGUGCUAAGCCAUUACGUACGGAAGCCUUACGUAAUGCUUACGAUUUAACUAUUACAUAAGAAACAACUAUCGUUCCG